AACUUCCUCCAGGCCCGCUCCCUGCGCCGCGCGCAGGACGUCCGCAAGCAGAUGCUGGGUAUCAUGGACAGACACAGCCUGGACGUGGUGUCCUGCGGCAAGGCCACGGUGCAUGUGCUGAAGGCCAUCUGCAGUGGCUUCCUCCGCCACGUGUCCAAGAGAGACCCACAAGAGGGCUACCACAAGCUCCUCAGCCAGUGGGGGGUCUACCUCCACCCCUCUAGCACCCUCUUCAACCGCCAGCCCAAGUGGGUGGUGUACCACGAGCUGGUGCUGACUAUCAAGAAGUACAUGUGCAAGGUCACCACCGUCGACCCGCGCUGGCUGGCAGAGUUGGCGCCCGCCUUCUUCAAGUUCUCGGACCCCACCAAGCUCCACCAGCAGAAGCAGCGGCAUAGCCUGGAGCCCCUGUACAACCGCCACGAGGAGCCUGAUGCCUGCAGGAUCUUGCAGGCCUUCCACCGCCGCAGCCACUGGCGGCGCGGAGCCCCCCACACGCACACCCGAGCCUCGCUGUCAGCCUGCCUCCAAGCUCUGACAGGUUGA